AUGCAGGCCCGGCAACAACUGUUGCCGACCCUACUACAACAACAGCAAGCGCUUCAAGCGCUUCAACAACAAUUACAGCAGCAACCGGGUCUGCAACAGAUACUUCAACAGCGAAGAAUGAAUCCACAAAUGCAGGUUGCAAGAUUACCUACACAACAAACUCCGCAGACGCUGGCCCAACAACAAUUGAUGCUUCAACAGAUGCAAUUGUCAUCACUCUUCCAGACCGCAUCGAGUUCCAAUCCAAGAAUGGACGGCCAAGACCUCAGACACUGCAAAUACCUGGGAUGA